UCGUGUUGUUAGUUGAUUGUUUGGUUAGAAAGUGCCCCCGACGAGUAGGCUACCCGCGCGACGCUGCGCCUAAUUCGAGUUUCAGCGGGUCCGUGUUGUGUGUGUUGUGGCUCGAAGGAUUAUUGUGUCCCUUUGGUUAGCUGCUCCGUGCACGAGUCGAUAUAGUUUAUUAGAGACACCGUCACCCACGGCCAGGACGAACGUGACCUCUGAGCUCUGAACCGGAGUGAGAAUUUCGCGAGUUGGAGUGCUUCUGAGCGGAGGAUAUUCGACACGAUGACCACGGCGCGUUCGUUAGCCUUCACCGAUUUCGAGGAGAGCAUCGUCUUCGACAUCGACGACCCGGACUUCGAAAACGGGAACGUCGGCGUGACGUCCGCCAACCACCCCCUCCCCCACUCGCACACCCUCACCACCAACCUCAACAAAGUCUUCUCGUUCACCGUCGGAGGAGUGUCAGCCAUGUCUUUGACGAGCCUUCACCCCAGCAGCUCCCUGUCCGACAGGAGCCAAAGCUACAACAGUAUUUGCUCCCUGGACGAGCUCAACGGCUACUGCAACCCUGCCGACCAUGUGCUCUCUAUCGAGGAACUCCGGCUUCAGCUCAACUCUUGCUUCACAUGUGGAGUGAGCUGGGUUGAUGAUCAUGUAUCACUAGACUGUUCUGAAUGUGGUGGAUACUCGCUGGAGCGACCUUGCCCUCUGUGCAGUGGAAGAUGCUCAUCAGUUUGGAAGAGAGAUCUUACCAUGUCACAUGCAAGUGGGCGCGCCAAGUGGGAAGGCAAGUGUAACCUGCAGGCAGAAAAAGCAUCCGACUCACAAUUAGUCCUUAAACCUGUGGCUCUCACCACCUCGAGUUCAGACUCCAACCUUUGCAGCCGGUUCGAGAAGUUGAGCGCAAGUUCGUGAGGUUCCACUGCAACCAAACGCAAAGAGCUCAAGUCUUCCUCCUCUUCGUAACGGUAGCCGCAGCGCAAAAUCGAAGGCUGAAAUCGCCCAACGGUUCAGUUCCUGGCACUGUGACGAUACGAAAGGAUCAAGGAAGGAAUUUUGUGAUUAGGAAUCGAAUACGUAUCAAGUGCAAUCACUUUUUGUUUCCACUAGUUUCUAAUCUGUGUAUUUUGUAAUUAUUUUUUGUUCUCGAGUCAGCAGGGUGGUUUUUUCUGUUGCAUUCGUACACCCGAUGGAUGUCGGAAACCCAUCAAAAAUGUCUCUGGAAGGCAUUAGUGUCGUCAUUACUAUUCAUUUUAUUCAUCAAAACAGCACGGAACUUUCUGCUCUUGAUAGUUUUAGUCCAAGCAGUCUUAAUGAUAUUAGGACUAAUCAUAUAAUUUUGGUGUAACAGACAAAAAACCUUUCUGCUAAUUGAGUUGUUUCCAAGAAUUUUACCGUCCUUACUAGUGCUGCCACAGUUAGGAAAUUUUCUAGGCUCUUUUUAUUAGUUUCUCUAGUGAAUAGCUUCACUAAAUUCCAUCAAGAUUUGUGUUGCAAAUUGAUGUCUGAACUUUGAGAGCACAUGUCUCAACUAUUGAUGUUGCAAAUUUUCAAAUGUAAAAUUGGGUUCUUUUCAUGAGGAAAAAAAUAAUCCAAGAGUGUAAAUUUUGAAAUAUGUGUUCUGAGAGUUCAGCCGUUGAUAUGAGCUGCAGCACUUGAAAAAAAGUUAAAAUGCAGACAGAGAGAAAACUGCACUCUCCAGUCCAACCCAAUGAGGUCAAAUUUUUUAGCGCUGAUAUGCUGCAGCCUCCAGGUCAAAUUCAUCAUUCAAUGAGCUUACAAAUUAGCGAUACAUUAGUACAAUUAUUGAAACUUGUAAACUUUAGUAAAAUUUGUAAUUACAGUCUCUACGCAAUUUUGAAUGGGUGAAACUCUUUGAUAGAGAAUUUUUCAUUGUUGAUUAGCAUAAUACAUUCCUCCCAGAUCGGAAGAUGUAACAAAUAAAAAUUAGAAAAUCCAAUUGGUGGAAUCUCCUCCUUUGUGUAAAUUUUUAUCCUCAUCUGUGAUUGCAUUUUUGGUACAUGCUCAACUCUUUAAACAUUUUGGAAACUUUCUCAAAAUUUUGGUUGCAACCGAACCUCAGUCGGUUCCUAAAUUUUAGGGUCUGAAUUCUUUGGCAAGCGCUCGCUUUUAGAGAAUCGUGGUGAAUUUCAAGCUGAGUUUGUAAAUUUGAACCAAAGUAUUAGAGCCAACUUUGCAUGAAAGAAUUUACCUGUGAUCCCUCAGAAUUUUGGUAUUAUGCUAUGGUGAAUUGUAGCACAUGUCACUGGAAGUAUGCAUUUAUCUCCGAGAUCAACUAACUAAAAAUGGCAACUUGUUUGCAUUUUUGCACUGUUAGUAUUAUCUCUUGUUAAUUGCCUCUAGUGUCAUUUACGUUUUACAAUUAGCACCAAAAUUCUAGUUGUUUUCCUCUUUCAUGAAAGCUGCCUCACUAAUCGUUGCUCCUCUAUGUAGGGGCGUAUCUCAAUUUCCAUGCAAGCCCUGUAGUCCAUGUAACUUCAUGCUUUUCGGGGCUCACGUUAAGAUAUAGAUAUGCUUUUACAUCAGAGGAACCAUGUAGUAUUCGGAUGAGAAAAGUUGUGGCACUAGCAGUCUGUAUGGAGUGGGAAGCUGCCAGUCACCCACUAGAAUUUUGUAAUAUUCAAACAGCUUUAGACGUAAGGUCCAAAAAUUUUGGAUUAUCUUUGCUGCUAUACCUUUUCUCUAGUAAGUUGCGCAACUCAUGUUCAUAGUUUUUCUCUAUUUUUCCCAACCACUCCAACAGACUUGUAAGAGAAAAAAUGAUAAUGCCCUCAACUUUUCAAGAUUUUCCGCCUAAAUUUUCAACGAGUUAGUUUUGAUGAAAGGAGUGCCAUUCAAACUUCAUAGCCUAUCCAAGAUUUUGGUGAAAAUCAUGAAAAAUUUGUUCCUAAAUAAGAUCUGCGUAACUGCAGCCGAAGAUUCUAUAUAUGUUAUCCUCUCCGACUAUCUAUUCUCUGAACAUAAUAAUGCAAAGUAAGUGUUGCACAAUUGCACCUUUCAAUCGUUGUUAAAAUGCAUUUUUACCUGUAAAUUAUCAUUUUCAUUCAGUGAUUAAUUUUUUUUUCUGAAUUUUUAAAAGUGCGUUCCAAGCACCUUCCUCCAUUUUCCUUUUUUUUAAAGAGACCUAGAGUUUUAUCCGUCAAUGUGCUGGAUGUUUUUCGGAGCAGCAUUUUUCCCCCUCGCAGAGAUGCUUUUAAUUAUUUUCUUUCCCCCAUUUUUUCCCUAAUUACUUCUAUGUCUAAUUUUCUGGCUGCUAAGUUACUGCAUUCCAACUGUCAGUUGUCGUAAGUUUUGUAUAUUCAUGCAGUAAAGAGUUAUAAUCUAUUCCGCAGGAAACACACUAUGUAUCCGUACUUUUUAUAUUAUUUAUUUUCAAUAUUUAUUUUGUAAUAUGACGAUUGUGUCAAAAGGCUCAGCCUUUCUCUUUAUUUCUUAUUUCUUGUACGCUAUUCAAACUGUUCGUUCUCUCCGCCAAAUUUCUGCCUCUCACAAAAGAAAAUCCUUAAACGCUGUUUCAAAGGCUCCUAUGUAUCAUCUGUAAAUAGUGUAUAGGUAUUCUCCCUCUUUAGAUGUAAGGUUUUAUUUACAGUAAAGAACCGAAAAUUUCAUUCUGAAUGUCAUUAUAAAUGAGGAAAGUGUAUAAAUUGUAUCAUCAACUAGAAUCUGUCUUUCUUGCCGAAAUGAAAGACGCAUGUGAGUAACUACACUUAAAAAGUGCUGUGUCUCAGCUAAGAUCUUUCUGUUUGAUUACCUUAUAUAAAUAUCUGUCAAUGAAUUCUUCAAACGUUUUAUUUAUCAUUUUUUCUUUGCAGAUUUAAAAUAUUGCCCUCAAAAUCAGUCAAUGAAAAGUCCUUGAUUUACCAAAUCCCAGCAAAGAAAAUUGUCAAUGCUGAGCAUUCCUCAAUGUGUCUCCUCAUAUUUUUCUGUCAUUAUAUUUCAAAUCUGCUUUUCAUGCUUUUGUUUCUUUACAAUUUAUUUUUGUCAUUUUCUAUAUUGAAGCGGAAUAUGUUCUUUUCUCUCUUUUUUAUUAAACCAUCCUAGCAAAAAAAAAAA